AAAUUUGAGUUCCUUCUAAUUUCAUUUCCAGUACUGGUGAAGCUAAAACACUCGUAACUAAAACAAAGUAGGGGGAACUCUUAUCAAUUUUUAGAGUACUCCAACGGAACUCUAUUCACGAAAUGGAAUGCAUGUGAAUCGAGUAUAAAAUUGUUUCUUCUUUCAAAAUUUCCCUAAAUAUUUCUCCACUUCAUGGAGGGAGAAAAGGAAAGUUUAUUGGUCACUCAAUCGUAAGCUGUUGUUUUUCAUGACACUAAUUGCAAGCCCUAUGCGUCUUUGCCGCCAUAGUUCCACCGCCAAUUCGUAUAUACAAACAGUGAGAAAACCCCAGCUGAGCAACUCUUUCCAUUUAGACGAGGUUACUUCCAGUCGUAUAUUAGACGCACACCCAGAUAUCAAAACACUGGAAAAACUACAUUCCAAGAUUAUUUUCGAUCCGGGUCUAUGUUGCAACACGUCUCUUGCCAUCAAGUUGAUGCGAGCUUAUGCAGCUUGCGGCCAACCUAAUGUUAGUCGCCAACUGUUUGACAAAAUACCUGACAGGAAUGUGGUUGUAUAUAAUGUCAUGAUCAGGAGCUAUGCGAAUAACAGGUUCUAUCAAGAUGCUAUUUUUGUUUACAAAGAUAUGUGUAAACGAGAUGUUAGUCCUGAUAACUUUACAUUUCCCUGUGUUCUUAAAGCUUGUUUUGGCUCUGAUAAUUUGAAGGUGGGGCUGCAAAUUCACUGUACUGUCAGCAAGAGGGGUCUCGAUUCUGACCUAUUUAUUGGGAAUUGCCUGGUGGCUAUGUAUGGGAAAUGUGGGUGUUUAGUGGAGGCUCGUCAGGUUCUAAAUGGAAUGCCCAAACGGGAUGUUGUUUCUUGGAAUUCAAUGGUUGUUGGAUAUGCUCAAAAUGGAAUGUUUGAUGAUGCAUUAGAGGUUUGUAAGGAAAUGAACUUAUUAGGUCAUAAACCAAAUGCGGGAACCAUGGCUAGCCUUUUACCUGCUGUAAGCAAUACCAGCAUUGAGAAUGUCUCGUUCGUAAAAGACAUUUUCUUGAAUAUUGAUAAAAAGGAUUCGGUUCCAUGGAAUGUGAUGAUAGCUGUAUAUGUCAAGAAUUCUAUGCCUAAUGAGGCGGUUGAGCUCUAUCUCCAAAUGGAAACUUGUGGGAUAGAGCCUGAUGCUAUAACUUUUGCUAGCAUUCUUCCUGCUUGUGGGGACCUUUCAGCUGCAUCAUUGGGAAGGAGGAUUCAUGAAUCUGUUGAAAGAAAAGGUCUUAGGCCAAAUUUGUCUCUUGAGAACUCCUUAGUUGAUAUGUAUGCCAGGUGCGGAUGUUUGACCGAGGCAAGGAAAAUGUUUGAGGGGAUGAAGUUUCGGGAUGUUGUGUCAUGGACUUCCUUGAUAUCUGCUUAUGGUAAGGGUGGCCAAGGCCGGGAUGGAGUUGCUUUGUUUUCAAAAAUGUUGGAGUCUGGUCUUCAACCUGAUUCUAUUGCUUUUGUUUCCGUUCUUUCUGCUUGCAGCCAUGCAGGCUUGCUACAAGAAGGAGAGUACUAUUACAGGCUAAUGACAGACAAGUAUAAGAUUGUUCCGAGGUUAGAACAUUAUGCCUGCAUGGUUGAUUUAAAAGGGCGCGCCGGAUGCAUAAGUGAGGCCUACAAUUACGUCAAGCAGAUGCCUAUGGAAGCUAAUGAGAGAAUCUGGGGUGCUCUUUUGGGUGCUUGUCGGUUGUACAAUGAUAUGGACAUUGGUCUUGUAGCCGCAGACAAUCUUUUUGAAUUGUCCCCGAAGCAGUCUGGUUAUUAUGUGUUGCUAUCAAAUAUUUAUGCAAAGGCUGGAAGAUGGGAAGAUGUAACGACUGUUAGGUCAAUCAUGAAGGGAAGAGGGAUUAAGAAAAUGCCCGGUAUCAGUAAUGUUGAGAUCAAUAACAUGGUGCACACCUUCCUUGCUGGGGACACGUCUCACCCACAAUCAAAGAAGAUCUAUGAAGAGUUAGACAUAGUAAUAGGCAAGAUGAAAGAGGAAGGAUAUGUCCCAGAAACAAAUGCUGCCCUUCAUGAUGUUGAGGAGGAAGACAAAGAAAAUCAUCUUGUAGUUCAUAGUGAGAAACUGGCCAUUGUCUUUGCAAUUAUGAACACCACCCCAGAUACACCCAUUAGAAUUACUAAAAACCUACGUGUAUGUGGAGAUUGCCACAUUGCUGCCAAGAUUAUUUCCAAGAUCACGCAACGUCUGAUUAUUGUUAGGGAUACAAAUCGCUAUCAUCACUUUCAGAAUGGAGUUUGCUCAUGUAGUGAUUAUUGGUGACUCUGCCUUGAGGUCCAAAGGUGUAUGCUUAUUGCAGUUGCUCAUGUUUGGUGACUGCAAAGGUUUUAUCCUCCUUAUUUUGCUAGUAUAUUACUCUUUUCAGUCUUGCAAUCAACAAUUCUUUGAUUGCCUGAUCACACUUGUUGCUAUCUGACAAAGAUUGACUGAAGAGUUAGUGGGCACAGAUGGCAGACGCCACGAGUAGUUGAAGGGAAAUUUUGGACCUAAGUUGCUCACCGUAAUAGAGGCCUCUUUCCAGAUUCAGAUUUGUUAUACAUUUACUAUUAAACUUUAUUCAUCUUAACUUCAACGUGAGAGAAAUAGUUAAAUAGCUCAAUUGCACCACGUCAGGAGCUGUAAAACUUUUCAUCAGCAAAUAGAAGCCUAUUGUAUCUGUGAGAAAAUAUACCGUCUUCAGUUUCA